AUGAUGCAAGCCUGCAUUCGCCACUCUAAUUUUAUGCAGAGACGCCGUGGCAUCGAACUUUGGACCAUAUUUGUGGCUGCUAAACGUUAUAGGAGUGAAGACGGUAGAAAAUCAUUCGCCGAGGGGAUGAAAAGAAGGAUUUUUUCUUUUCUAAAAAACAAUGAAUCGGGUUUAAGCUCUUAUCGGCCUAUUGGUUCGACCAAUGUUUCGGAAUCAUACACGAAGUUAUCUAAAAUUGUAAGCAAAAAAUCGAAUGAUUUACUCGAGUCCUCCAAGCCCAUGGCGUCCUCUCUUCUCGCCAAGACCAAGGAAGCUUCCAUUCACUCGCUCCAACAGAGCAAGGAAGUAGCGGCCUCACAAUUAUCCAAAACGAGCUCUUCCUUGGCAACCAAGGUGAAACAAGGAAUUGAUUCAGCGGCAGCAACCGCGAAACAAAAGUCAUCGGAAGCAUCUGCAGUGGCCAAAGAAAGAACAAAGGCCAUAUUGAGCUCCACUGCUUCCUCGUUCUCGAAUGGUGUGCGCUCGUCUAUUUCCAACAUCACUAAACCUUUUCGAAGGAUGUGGACAAAGUUGGUGCAACACAUGCGUGGAACUAAAGUUUUGAGAUUGCUAUGGUGGUGGUCCCUCGCUGCCGUCGGCGUAUAUGGCGUUUCCACAACUGUACCUAAGGAGCUCAUUCGACAGGGCUUUUUAUAUCGGAGCAAAAAUGAAGAUGAUGAUUAG